AUGAUUAGAAUAGUUAAAUAGCUAGCAUAAAGAAGAAAUAAAUUAUACUUGCAAGAGUGUGAAACAUAACUAUUUAAUAAAUAAUAUAACUGUUUCUUUUUCAAAAAAUCCGAUAGCGAUUAACUCCAUACUGUGUAAAUGCUAAAGAGUUUAGAGAAUUCUAAAUCAAACAUUCCCGAAUUCAGAUAAUAAAUGGAAACAUGGAUAAAAAAUAUUAACAAUAGCGAUUAUCUACAACAAUAACUAAUAUCUGAUUACUACAAAUAGUUUUCAAUAGUGCUUCAAAGAAGAAUAUAGUCAUUUGAAAAUAAUGAGCUUCUUUCUUGGAAAUCAUUGAAUCAGUCAGAUUUGGAUAACAUUUAACUCAUUUGUUAGCAAAAAAUAAAAUUUUUAGAAGACAGCAUAAAAAUAAGGGAAGAAUACCAUAUCAAUGAGAAUCUGUAAAAAGACAAAUUUAAGGUGUUUUGGUGGAAAAUAUAAAAAAAUAAAUACAAUAGUCCAUUAUAUUAUAAAUUAAUACAUUAUUACCCAAUAUACUUGUUGAUUUCUUUCGUUAUAUUCUUUAUUGUAGAUUUAAUAGUACUUACUAAUCAUAAGCGUUUAGAUUAGUUAUAAGUAGCCUUAGAUUCCUAAAUAAGUCAGGUUAAAGAAAUAGUUGGUGGGAUCAUUUAAGAUUCUUAGAAAAACAUUAAACAAGUUCAACCUGAAUCUAAACAUAUUUAAAUAGCUCCUAUUCAUGAUCUUUAGAAAACAAACAUCAAAAACUGA